AUGGAGCAAAUAACAUCUAACGAUCAGGUGCAAUUACCGGAGGAAGAAGUAGAAACAGGACUAGAGGUAGAUGAAGACGAAGAAGGUAUUGAUGUUUUCCACAAUGUUGGGCAGGGUCUAACCGGAAGAUACAGAGAAAUUAUGAUACAGUAUUGGCAAGAACUAAUCAAUGAGAUAGAAUCUACAAAUGAGCCAGGCUCUCAGUUCCAGGACGACUUCAAGUCACAUUCAUUACCACUAGCUAGAAUCAAAAAAGUUAUGAAAACGGACGAAGAAGUGCGUAUGAUCAGUGGAGAAGCACCAAUAUUAUUUGCCAAGGCCUGUGAAAUAUUUAUUACAGAACUCACUAUGAGAGCGUGGUGCGUUGCAGAGGAAAAUAAGCGUCGGACCCUCCAAAAGCAGGACAUUGCCGAUGCUUUACAAAAGUCAGAUAUGUUCGAUUUCUUGAUUGAUAUAGUUCCUAGGAACAUUCAAUAA